AUGCCUGGCUCUACCUCCCGGGAGCUGUACUGGGCCCGCAUCAAGACCGUCUUGCACGCCGCUGAUCCUCGCGUGUGUGCGGCCUUCUGGCUCUUCGGACUGAUCAACAAUGUACUUUAUGUCAUCAUCCUCUCUGCUGCACUCGAUCUCGUAGGUCCCAACGUGCCGAAAGGCCUGGUCCUCCUCGCCGACGUGAUACCUUCAUUCGUCACCAAGCUUUGCGCCCCCUAUUUCAUUCACAAGAUACCCUACAACAUUCGAAUACUCGGCUUUUGCGCCCUGUCGGCAUGCGGUAUGCUCGUGAUUGCUCUCACACCUCAGCUGCAAGAUGCAAAAUCCAUCACCAUAAAGAUGUGUGGCGUCAUGCUAGCUAGUCUGAGCAGUGGAGGAGGAGAGCUCAGCUUCUUGGGCUUGACGCAUUACUACGGGCAUCUUGCUCUUGCGAGCUGGGGUAGCGGAACUGGAGGAGCCGGACUCAUCGGUGCCGGAGCCUAUGCCGUUCUCACAACAAGCCUUCAGAUCAGUCCGCGAGACGCCUUGCUGGCAUUCUCCUUCCUACCGGCGAUAAUGCUCGUUAGCUUCUUCGUUAUACUUCCCCUGGGCCCACUUCGAGCAUCGUCAAGCCAGCAUGCCGGCUAUGAAGCAGUUGACGAAGAUGACGCACUCGAUGAACAAGACGAACUGGAUACACAUCCUGAGAAUGCGAGUCUACUAGCUUCUUCCAUGCACUCGGCUUCUGGUCGCAGCUUCACCUCAGCCAAGGGUAACGGCCGGUCAUCGGCAUUAGUGGGCUUCAAGGCCAACCUCAGACGCGCGAGAGGCCUCUUCUUUCCCUAG